AGGUCACAAGGCGGGGUUGCCGCGGCAGCGGUGGCCGCCAGCGUCCGCGGGAGGGGUCCCGCGGCGGGAGUCCCGGCCAGCACCUCGCCUGGGGGCGCCCGAGCCAUGGGCACCAAGUGGUUCAGCGGGGCACCCUUCGGGGUGCAGAGCCACAGGUUUGAUGUCUCCGCCGUCUACCCCAAUCAGAAGAAACUCAGCACCUUCACCGAAGCCCCCUACUCCAGGCUUCAUUCUGUGCAGAUGUCCCACAUAGGACCUGGAACCUAUGGCUACCAGGAGACCUGCUUCAGCAAGAAGAAACUCAGCAAGGAGGUGGGCACAGGCUGGGCCAGGACCCAGGAAGCCACCCGGCUGACCCAGCUGCCCCACUUCCAGUACGAGGCCAUCAUGAAAGAGAAGCGGUUGCAGAAGGAGAAGCUGGGGCCCGGCUCCUACAACCUCAAAGACUUCUUAGAACAGCUGCAGCAGAAACCGUGCAGCACCCGGGGGCUGCUCAGCUCGGGGGAGACCCGCUUCCGUGGCCUCGUUGGGAACUACUAUCCAGGCCCUGGAAAUUAUGGGGUGAAGGGUAACCCAUACACAAAGCUGGAGGAGAAAGCCCAGAACCGUUCUCAGGUCCUCAUGUGCAGGAUGACCAGCAGGCCACUCCUCUUGGCUCAUCAGGGGAGUGGUCUGGCACCAGGCACCUACUCCUUCAAAAGUGGCAUUGAGACCUACCUGGCACGAUCCAUGGGCACCCGCGGCCCCUACGACACUUUCUCCGGUGACCGAAGCAAGCCCCAGCCUUAUGGACAUUACUCUGUGCAGAAAAAAAAGCCCAGGGAACUGAUGAAUUUUACGACCUUCGUGGAAGAGCUUAACUCGCGGCACAAUAAGAAGCGUGGGGUUUUUUCGAAAAUUUCUCGCAACCCGGAAACCCCGACGGAGAGGAUUUACUGGGCGACCCUUAGCCAGUGCCCCCGAAAACUAGCCACGUCUGGUCCCGGUUCGUGGCUUCCUCCAAAGAAGGAAUGCAAACACGUCAACCAGCCACCGUUCCUGCUGUCUUCCAAGCGGAUGGGCAUAAAGGCCUACCAGAUGAUUCUGGGAAGCUGGAACCCCGUAGGUGUGGGCCGCUACCUCAACACCUGGCUGAUGGAGACGAAGGACCAACGGCAGCGGUAUCGGUCCCUGUACCUGGGUGGAUCCAAGCGCUACCCCUCUGACCCGGCCUGGGAUAGGGUCAUGCAGGAAAGGAUCACACCUUUUACUAAGGGGAAGUGCCCUCCAACAGUGGAUUACAAUUCAGAUCCUACUCCUUAAAGCUGCAUAUGAAGGACAUCCUGUGAUGACCAGAGGGCCCCAAAAGCCUGAAGACAAAUUUGGGGAUGGAAGGAUAGGAGUGGGAAUCUGGGUUGGGGGGGGGGGGCGGGUCUUGGAGAAAGGACACAUGGGAAUGCCUGGAGGGGAAGGAUAUAAUGGGAAUGCUUUUGCUGGAGACAUCUACCUGGAGGUCACAUGGUCUGCUGGGACAGCUGGGGCCAGAUACUUUUUGCUAUGAAAGAUCAGUUAUGCUGAGAAUUCAAACUAGCCAGUGACAUGAACAUGGGAGCCAGACAGCAGAUGGACUAAUGGGGUGGAAUGUGGUUGUAACUCUUGGAACCUCUUCUAAAGUCAAAUUGCUUGACUCCCUGAUUAUUAAAAUCCAAAAAGAGGUGGAAAAGUGUAGUAUAUGUCAUAAGACAGCUCUAGGCCCCCUUCUGGUGCUCUCCAUCUCCAUCCCAGGAUGCUUCUGGAAGCUCAGCAGGGCCUAAUGCUACGUAUGAGGAGGCUGCUGGCCUCCAGGCAAGGUGCAGCCAUUGGGAACAAUCGAUUUCACCCUUAGAGUUCAGCCUUGUGAGCACACCAGUCUAGCCUAUAGAUGGAUCUGUGGGGCUGUUCACAAUGUCAUCUUCUUCCCUCACUGUUUUGUGUCAGUGAGAGAUGGUGUAGGAUGGUAGGAGCGUGUUGUCCCUAGAAAAAAAGGAGGCUGGGACACCACUGCCUCAGCCACAAAACUCCACUCUUCAGAGUGUGAGUAUAUUAUAAAAAGCAGUUACUUUCUCAUUUAAGUCAAAAUGACUGUUUUAGAAGUAAAACUGUCUUUAUGCACAGACCUGUUGCCUAUGUGAAAAAAAAAAAACACUAUGAGUAUUUUGAUGAGCCAAAAUACAUGUGGACCAGAUCUAAUAAGUCAGCUUUGCAAGUUUUCAGGAAAUAAAAUCAACAUAUCAAAACCAAA